AUGUUGAAAACAAAUUCUUUCCCGGGGAAGAGAAGUGGUACUCCCGAUUCGACGACAUCUGGCCAGAGGACUGUUAGUCCAGCUCAUAAUGCCGGUCCCGGCAGUCCCACUUCCCCUGUCGUUGCAACUAAUCACCAUCCCAUUCCACAUGUUCAGCACCAUCAGAAUCAUCGUCCUUAUUUUUCACGUGGGCGAUGUCGCGGUGACGGGGGAUACUAUGGUGGACACAAUCAUUUUGGAGGACAUCACUCGGGUCCUAAUCGUAGAUGCUCUCCACCCAUUCACGGUCCCCCGUAUUCGAAAAAUCUCAUUGAUUUUAUGAUAAAGGAGUGGGACAAGUUUUCUGAACACUACUACAGCACUCAUCCCGAAGAUCUUCCUGAUAAUGAGCCAAUGGUGCAUACUGGACAUCAACACCAACAGCAUCAACAGCUAGUACCAACUUCUCCACGGGUUGGAGGGCAUAUGAAUUCGCCACACAGAGGACAACACAACCGCUACAAUCACCAAAAUUCCUCUGGAAAUAGUUGGUCCAUCAGCAACGGCGGAAAUGGGCGCAAGUAUUCCGAAAAUGGUGAUCACUCUAAUACAGGAUCUCUUAGACGACACCACAAUCAUCGUGGUGGUCAUGCUCCCUCUCCUUUAUUGCAAGGCAACCAACCAUGGCAACGCGGGACGCUAACAAAUCGGCAGAACUCGCCCAACAACACUUUGAACCGUUCCACAGGACCGCGGCAUACAUACUCGUCGCGGUCAAUUGCAUCGCCCACGCCUCCAUCCGUUGCUUCAGGGGCAGUCUCAGUGACUUCUGCUGCAACCUCUCCCGUCGCCGAGAGCACCAACAAAGUCGUCGAAUCAGCAGCGGUCCCAGUUACUGAAAUGCACUCCCUCUCUCUCAAGUCCUCUGACAGCCCCAAAUCAUCAUCUGCUGUGCCCAACGGCAAAAAGAAUUCGGAAGGCCCUGCCAAGCCAAUUUCUACUGCUUCUGCCACAUUUCUCGACCCUGAAUCCAAGAAAAAGACUACAUCGUUGACAACGACUGUCACGUCAAGAGAUGAGGCUGGGUCUUCAGCCUCAACUUCUUCGACGUCGUCCCUCACAAUUUCUAAGGUGAAGCAACAGCAACAACAACAGCACACACCCGGAGUUCAGCAGCAAUACCACCAUUCGACAAGGCGUCGGGCUGCAACAACACAGGGCGGUUCGUCGGUGUCUGCAUCCACAACAGCGACUGUACUGCCUCUCUCCUCUUCUCUACCCGCUGCGAGGGCCUCUGAGACGGCUUCGGUGGCUUCUUCCAGCUUCUGUAGCCUAGUAGACCAAGUGGAUACGAUGUCGGCUGCGGACCAGUACUUCACACCGGAGCCACCUUCUCCUUCCUCCAGCGCGUCUGCUUCCCUCUCAGUGGUAGUGUCGGAGACCUUUCAACACUCCACCGUCAAGAGUGCUGAGUCUCCUCCGCUCUCCUCGCCUCCGCCUCUCGCGCCUGUUCCUGUUUCCCCUUCUGCCACUAUAAGCCGAUAG